CCCCGAGCCAGUGGAAAGAUUUGGCCGAGCAAGUGAGCGGGAGCGGGCCGUUGGAGCGCGAGCGCGCAGGCGCGGCCGGCGUAGGGCCGCGACUCCGGAAUCUCGGUGAGCCCCAGUCUGUGCCGCACCCCGAGCCGCAGCCAUGGCCGCCUACAAGCUGGUGCUGAUCCGGCACGGCGAGAGCGCGUGGAACCUGGAGAAUCGCUUCAGCGGCUGGUACGACGCCGACCUGAGCCCGGCCGGGCACGAGGAGGCGAAGCGCGGUGGGCAGGCGCUGCGAGAUGCCGGCUAUGAGUUUGACAUCUGCUUCACCUCAGUGCAGAAGAGAGCAAUUCGGACCCUCUGGACAGUGCUGGAUGCCAUUGACCAGAUGUGGCUGCCAGUGGUGAGGACUUGGCGCCUUAAUGAGCGACACUAUGGGGGUCUGACUGGCCUCAAUAAGGCAGAAACUGCUGCCAAGCACGGUGAGGCCCAGGUAAAGAUCUGGAGGCGCUCCUAUGAUGUCCCACCACCUCCGAUGGAGCCCGACCAUCCCUUCUAUAGCAACAUCAGUAAGGAUCGUAGGUAUGCAGACCUCACUGAAGAUCAGCUGCCCUCCUGUGAGAGUCUGAAGGACACUAUUGCCAGAGCUCUGCCCUUUUGGAAUGAAGAAAUAGUUCCCCAGAUCAAGGAGGGGAAACGAGUACUGAUUGCAGCCCAUGGCAACAGCCUUCGGGGCAUCGUCAAGCAUCUGGAGGGUCUCUCCGAAGAGGCUAUCAUGGAGCUGAACCUGCCGACUGGCAUUCCCAUUGUCUAUGAAUUGGACAAGAACUUGAAGCCCAUCAAGCCAAUGCAGUUCCUGGGUGAUGAAGAGACCGUGCGUAAAGCCAUGGAGGCUGUGGCUGCCCAGGGCAAGGCCAAGAAGUGAGGUCGAGCAGCAGAUUACUUUCCCAAGGAUUACCCUUCCUCCCAAGCCCAUCCAUUCCUCUGCACCUCUCCCCUGCACACGUCACACUGACGACAUCUGUAGGCAUCUUAAGCUGUAGCUGCGGAUGGGGAGCAGUGGCUCCCAGUUUCAUUUUAGCCAUUUUCUCUCUUGCACCCACUCCCUUCAUACAGUCUAGUCAGAAUGGCACCUCUGGGACAUGGACCUCAGUCCAAGCCAAGGGAAGACUUAUCCAAGAGCGUUGAGAGGUAGUAACUGGGGCGGGGCGUUGCUAGUGGUUUAUUACUAAGGACCUGCUUGAGUAGGGGAUAGGGAGGAACCAUGCCAAGGUGUGACCAAUGAGGAGAAGCAAGAGUGCCUAUUUGUGUUCCCAGAGGCUAGCUGGGCACUGUUCUGUUCAGGUGACUGGGGGCUCUAGUCAUUCCAGUGGAAGAUGAAUGUAACCUGCAUGGUGAUUCAAUCAAACACUUCCUCCCUGACUCCAAAAGAUUGGGAUCAAUCCUGAAUGUUUAUGUGUUGCAUUUACUUUUACAAAAGAAAAAUUUAUAUGUAUAUAUAAAUAAAUUAAAAAAAAAAACCCUUCUGGGGUUUCUAGUGGCGGUUGAAAUAUUCCCACAUGUGGUCAUCAGAAAAUGAGCCAUUCCUUACACCGUCAUGGGAUAAGCUUCUUGACUUCUAAGGUGUAGGAGCUCAUCCUGCUGUGUGUUUUAGAAUCCCUCCCCCGCCUUAUUGUUUUAUGGCAGCGGAAUGCCUCUUGAUCACAUCCAAGUGUGUCUUUCACUGUGCCUGAUUUCUGAACCACGUUCCAGUUGCUUGGCCCACCACUUAGGCCCAGUACUCAUUUGAGCAUAACUGUAGUAAAUCUUUUUUCCAGGUCAGUAUGAUAAAGGAGUGAUGUGCAGUA